CAGAUUAGAGCUGAUUGUAAACAAUAUCAAGAAUUUGAUUUUUGUUUGCGUAAACCUAAAUGCACUUGUAUAAAAAGUUCUACAAACCUAAAACUCUAUAGUAUUAUUUUAGAUGAUAUAACCUCUUCUUUUACAAAUACCAAAGUUGAUACUAUGAACUAUAUAUUCGAAAAAAAGUGGGCUUCAUCAUCACAGAUAUACCUAAAUGAUGAUUUCUCUCCAAAUGAUUACCAAUCCUCUAUAAAUGAUAAAUCAUAUAAUGACAGUUCUAGCGAUAAUCAAGAUACUGAUAAAGAGUCUAUUAGAAGAGACUUUGAGAAAGUUCUUAAUGAUGAUUUAUUUGCUGAACUUAGACAUGCAUAUAAAGAAGAACUUAGUUAUGUUAAACAUCUUACAUUACAAACUGUAAAAUAUUUUAAUAGUAUUAGCUAUACUAUAGUUGAUAAUGAUGAUCGAGUAGAUGUAAAACUUCGUAUUGGUAAUACUGUAGAUGUUUUAGAAGAUAUAUCAAAUGAUACAUUGAAAAAUCCAAAGACAGUAAUUUUAUAUGCACAAAUUUAG